UUUUGUAAAUAUUUUAAAUACGUAGAUCUUAUAAUUAUCUUCAUUUUAAAUUCUAAAUAUUACUUAGAAAACGAUACUUUACUAUCUUUUUAAUAAACUGAAAUAUGUAGUGAUUUCUUUCUGCAUGGUUGAUCAACCGUAAAGAAAAUAAUGUACGUUACUCAAUUCAGUUCAGUCUUUGCUCUGGUAAUAAACUCUGACCUGUAGAAACGUGGUAAUCUUUACCAAAAUGCAAGUUCCAGCAAUUUUUAUGGAAUUACCCUUAGAAGAUCAGGCGCAGGAACUAAGGGUAUAUUUCAAAGGUUUGGGUGCUGAAAUCAGCGAAGAAAAAUCACCCAAAGGUAUUGAGGAUGAUUUACAUAAAAUUAUUGGUGUGUGUGAAGCCUGUUUCAAGGAGGGAAAUGAAAAUGAAAUAGAAACUGUACUAAAUGACAUCGUAUCUAUUAUGAUAGUAAUCCCUACAGAAAGAGCAGAAAAUUUAAUAUUAGCAUUUUGUGAAAAAUUGACAAAAGCACCUGGGUGUAAACUUGGUUUAGUGUGUCUAAAAGCACUAUGGUUACUAUUUCAAUCCCUUUCUGAUGACUCUCCAAUGAGAUAUCAUGUUUAUUAUCACAUUAUUCAAAUUGCACGCAAUGUAGAACAAGUGAAAGCAGUGUAUGGAGGAAUACAACAACUUAAACAACAAUUUGCAUCAUUUCCACCAUCAAAUGAACAAAUGCAAAAAUUACUUAGAUUGCUUCACGAAGUACUUUUACAUUGCAAACAGGGUGAGCAGGCUGCAGCAGUCAUGGUGGAACUAUUAGGCACCUAUACAGCAGAAAAUGCUUCUGCAGCUAGAGAAGAUGCACAACGUUGCAUUUUAGCUGCAUUGGAAGAUCCAAACACAUUCUUACUUGAUCCAUUACUAGCAUUGAAACCAGUCAAAUUCUUAGAAGGAGAACUUAUACAUGAUUUACUUCUUGUGUUUGUGAAAGAUAAAUUACCUGGAUAUCUGCACUUUUAUCAACAUCACAAGGAUUUUGUAGAACAUCAACUUGGGUUAAAUCAUGAAGAGAACAUGAAAAAGAUGAGAUUAUUAACAUUCAUGCAACUGGCAGAAACAAAUCCUGAAAUGUCAUUUGAUACGAUACAGGAAGAAUUGCAAAUUACUGAAGAUGAAGUGGAAAGUUUCAUUAUUGAUGUGCUAAAAACAAAACUCGUUAGAGCCCGUAUGGAUCAAGCCGGUCGCAAAGUUCUUAUAUCAAGUACCAUGCACAGAACGUUUGGACGACCACAGUGGAUGCAACUACGUGAUUUAUUAGCAGCCUGGAAAGCAAAUUUAACAGCUGUACAAGAGGGUAUGAAAUCCGUUGCUGCUGCACAAAUGGAACUUGCUGCAAAAAAUAAAGCUGUAAUUAAUCAUUGAUAAGUGAAGUUAUGUAUAUGAAAUUCAUAACCUACGUAUACAACGAUUAACUGGAAAUUGGAAUUAAUUAAUUUUUUUUUUUAUUACAUCAUCACUUUAUCGGAAUAAAUAAAUGUGUCGUGUAAUAACAGUA